AUGUCGUGCCUCAUGCACCAACACAGAAACUCCCUCAUAACUCUGUCCUCCAAUCUCCCCAUCGACUCCGUCACUGUCUCUGCUUCGCUCCCUUCGCUCACCUCCAAUUCCGCCCUGACCGGCUCUGGUUCCAUCCUUGGCUCCUUACGGAAAUCCUUGGGUUUCCUUGCCAGCCAUGUUCCCUGGUAUCACUGGUUCCCUUUUCCUGCUGCCUCCACUCUCCUGGCCUGCGUCCACCUGUUCCCAGGAUCUCCUCCCAUGUACUUGAGAUAUGGAGAGCUCUCCACUGUACGCAGAGCCAUUCACUGCAUCCUACUCAUCCACAGCAUCAGCGCCAUACAGUCCAUCAUAAUGGUCUCCAUCUUCUUUGCCUCAGUACCUCUGGACUUUUACACUCUGGACAAGCAGUGCUCAGUGGAGAUGCUUGUUGUACAUAGGUGGCAGGGUCACAUUAAAUCAGCAGUAAGUCAGUUCUACUUUCUGGUCAUGUCCAUCACCAUUGUGUUUACCUAUGCUAGAAUAAUAGCAGUUGCUAAAGAGGCAUCAUCAGACAGUAUGAAAUCUUCCUCUAAAAGUCGUAAAAUGGGGAUCCUCCACGCCAUCCAGCUGUUCCUCUGUCUGAUCCAGAUGUGAUGCCCAUUCAUCUAGGCGGCUGUCUUGCAGAUUCAUUUCAGAAAUUUUAUUGAUGUAAGGUACUUUGAUUACAUUGUUUUUAUUCUGGACCCACAAUGUCUGAGUCCACUUGUCUAUGGCCUAAUAAUUGUUUAUUUUUUGCUCUCAUGCGCCUGA